AUGCGUAAUGGGAUGUUUGAGCGGGAAAACUUGUCCAGGGACCGCAACUCUUCAGGAUCGCCGCCUUUCCAAUUGAACCCGACACGCACCAAACCCGAAGACACCCCGAAGAUGUCAGGCCGAUACGCCUUCACCAAGACAGUUAAGGAGCUUCGGUUCCUUUUCUGCCAGACCUCCGAGCACAGCAAUGCCGUCCGGUCUUUUCUCACACGGGCGUAUCCCAUCAUGAAGAAGAACAAUCCCCAUGUACCGAUAUUGAUCCGCGAGGGCACGGGCACCCUACCACGCGUGUAUGCUCGAUACGAGCUCGGCCAGGAGAAGACUCAGUCAUUAGAGGGUAUCGUCCAUUGUCAAAUCCCUAGUUAA